AUGAGAAAACCUCUUUAUAGUGCCCCGCCUAGGUUACAACGGAUGUUAUUACAACUUCAAGAUUUUGACCUCGAUGUUAUUCACUGUAGAGGUAAAGAUAUUUCGCUUGGAGAUGCUCUCAGCCGGAAUUACGUAACUGACACUUUUCAUAAUCUGAUUGACGGAUUAGAAACACAUGUACACACUGUACUGAAAUCAUUACCGAUAAGUGAUUUAAAAUUGCAGCAAAUUCAAACAGCAACGCAAAAUGAUGCUCAGUUACAAACGCUUAUUAGUGUCAUUUCUAACGGAUGGCCUGACGACAGACGAAAUUGCCCUACGACUGUAUCAGAAUACUGGAAUCAUAGAGACGAAUUGGCUUUUGAAGACAAUAUUGUGUUCAAGGGUCAAAAAAUUGUAAUACCAAAAUCAUUAAGACAGGACAUGACUAACGCAGUACAUGUGGGUCAUUUUGGUGUAGAAAAAACGACAAGACGGGCUAGGGAUAUAAUGUUUUGGCCAUCAAUGUCAAAACAAAUUACAGAUUAUGUACUUAAGUGCCAGAUUUGUUGUAAAUAUAGAGACUCAAAUAAAAAAGAACCAUUACAUCCUCAUGAUAUACCCCAAAGACCAUGGCAAUAUUUAUCAUGUGAUUUAUUUACGUGGAAUGGUCAAGAUUUUAUGGUUCUUGUUGACGCUUACAGUCGAUAUUUCGAGUUCGACCUAUUGACUAGCACUUCUAGUACUUGUAUUUUAAGAAAACUUAAGGUACAUCUCAGCAGAUUUGGUAUCUGUGAGAAGUUAAAAACUGACAAUGGGACAUGCUUUACUAGCGAACAAUUUCAGAACUUCCUUAAACAAUGGAACAUUAAACACGAAACUUCAAGUCCCACGCAUGCAAGUUCAAAUGGACUUAGUGAAGUAUAUGUUAAAAUUGCAAAACGCAUUCUUCAGAAAGCUAAGGAUGAUAAUAAAGAUCCUUAUUUGCCCCUUUUAGAAUAUAGGAAUACACCACUUAAACGUGGAUGUAUCCCUUUAAUGGGCAGACGCCUCAAGUCGCUUCUCCCAACAACUAACAAUCAGCUUCUGCCACAAACAGUAAAUCAUUGUGAAGCAAGAAAGAAAAUGGAAGAAUUACAAUUUAUUAGCAAGAAUCAUUACGAUAAAAAUGCGCACAAAAUGAAACCUCUAAAAAUCGGUGAAUCUGUCAGAAUUCGAAAAGAUAAGUACUGGGAACCAGCCAAGGUUAUAACCCAGCAUAAUGAACAUUCAUUUCACGUGCAGACCCCUGACGGUGCUGUUUAUCGUAGAAAUCGCCGUUUCCUAAACAAAGCUCCUGAAUUAUCUGACCUGUCAAAACAAACACAGCAACCAUCUAAAGUCGAUGAACACCAGGAAUCUAUUUUAAGUGAACAAACAAUUCAAAAUACCCCUACAGAAUCCCUAUCUCUUGCAAAUGUGCCAGAUAAAUCGAAACCAUUCACAAUCACUAGGUCAGGUAGAGAGGUGAAACCGAAUAAGCUUUACUGUGGAAAAGAUUGGACAAAGUGA